UUACGUGACGAGAUCCAGAAAGAAAUAAAUAAAACCAUCAGCUGAAAGCUCGUGGCAUUUUCUCAUCCGCCACGACGACGACGACCGAAGCUUUAAAACCAAGUCGCCUUUUAUAUUUAUCUGUUUGUGGAUUCUUUCCUCUUUUAAACACCAAAAAAGAAAGCAUAUAUAUAAACACCCUUAUUUUUUUCUCUCUCUCCCUAUUUGAUGAUUGAGAAGACCGGAUUGCUGAAAUAAUAAUAAUAGUAAUAAUAAUAGUAAUAGUAAUAGUAAUAGUAAUAUUUAAAGUGAACCCAGCUGAGAAUGCCAGCCGCAACUUGUUGUGUUGUUGGUUGUAACAAUCGACAUUCGUCCAGCAAAAAAUUACGAUUUUACCGAAUUCCAAGAGGAAAGUACCAGCGGAGCAAGUUCAUCAAGAAAAUUGGUCUGCCCAGUAAUUGGCUUCCAAAUAAUAGCACCUGGAUCUGUUCGGUGCACUUUAAGUCUGGGAAAAUCAGCAAAAACCGUCAUGAUGUAGAUUAUAUUCCGACACUGCUUGUGGACCCAGCAAGGGACAGUGAGAAAGUGGUGAAGUUCCCAGCCACCAAAUGUUUGUCAAAUUCUGAGUUACUAGAAGGGGCAUUCAGGGAUCACAUUACACAUCUGAUUGAUGAGGCCAGCAUCAUGCUAGAACGCAGAGAACAAGAACACUUGACUCAGUCACUGCUAUUCCAUGAUUACCUUGCCACUAAAACAGUCUCCACGUCUCAUUUACAUCCUGACAAUCCGACUAUGAACCCUUGGAUCACUGUCAACACACUCGAGGAACGAACUCCAAGCAGACUCCCUAAACAUCAUACAGAUGACCGUGGUGUUUAUUUUGGUAACAACACAACACAGAACCAUGGAGAAAAUAAGUCUAAGCCAGAAAUCAAAGAAGAUAACCUUGAGUAAGGCAAAGAAAACAAAACAAAAAUAUAUAGAUAACAAAACAAAACAAAAAAAAGCAAUCUAUUCUUAA